AUGACACGAAUUUCUGGUGACAGAGACCGAUUACUUCUCGUUGACUUCACUACCGUUGAAGAGUAUCUCGUUAAACUUCGGUGGUUAUGCCAACUUCUGUCCCAAGAGGAUAUUUGCCAGAAUGGGUCUCUACUCUAUUUAGCUGCAGCCGUUUCGGAUUUCUUUGUUCCACGAGAAGUCAUACCACAGCACAAGCUUCACGCUGGCGACGAGGUGAAUGAUGAAAGAACUAGGGAUAGCUUCAAAUGUGAACCCGAUGGAUCACUCACCAUCCGCCUUUCUCCAGUUCCGAAGAUCCUUGGUUUGAUUGUUUCCAAAUGGGCUCCUAGAACAAUGGUUGUCUCCUUCAAGGUGAGUUUUUAA